AUGUCUAGCUCAUCUAGCUCUAGCGAUGAUGAAAUGAUAAAGACGUUCUUUCUUAUGGGAGCUGAUGUCGUUGAGGAAGAAGAACAAGAGAAAUGUUCAACUUCAGUUCAACACAAACGACGUAUCGUGCUCCAUCGAAACCGACUGGAAGGCCACAAUCGGUUGUUCCAAGAUUAUUUUGCUGAUGCACCAACCUAUCCUCUUUAUUAUUUUCGUCAAAGAUUCAGAAUGAUGCGUUCGUUAUUCCUUCGAAUCCACGACGCAGUUGUCGAACAUGAUAAGUACUUCGUCCAAAAGAGGAAUGGUGCUAGACAGUUAGGACUAUCUAGUCUUCAAAAGAUUACUGCAGCUAUGCGGAUGCUCGCAUAUGGAGAAUCCGUUGACGACUACGUUCGGAUCGGUAAAAGUACGUCGCUUGAGAGCGUGAAGAGGUUCGUUCGAUCGAUUAUCAACAUCUUUGGAGAGGAAUACCUUCGUUCACCAACUAAUGAAGACGUUGCACGCCUGCUCGAGGAAGGUUCACAAUGA